CAAAACUAAUCAUAACGAUUAAAAUCAGCUUCUCUGCGAGAGGAGAGCAAUAGGCAAGUUGGAGGCAGGAGGAGUGUAAAUGCAAGAAAAAAAAAAAAAAGAUUUCUUUAUUUGAUUUUAUAAAAACAUAAACUCAACAAAGACUGAGGCACCGCUGCUGUGAUCUGUUCCUUUUUGCUCGGAGUUUUAUUCUGCAGAUUGGUUUAGACUGGGGCAGAGACAUGAGCUAAUUGUAUCCUGAUCUUUGCCUUGAGGGGUUUCGGAGCCCUGGAGCAAGUAUUCUCUGUAUUUUGUUCUGUCUACCUUAGCCAAGCUAUUGCAUUUCUCUCUGGUGUAGGAAGAGAAGCAGGUCGUGGGCCAAAUCGGACGGAAAAGGUGCAUAAAAAGAUACUUUAUGCCGCUCUAUGUUUCAGGUGUGUUGGAAAAAGCCGACCGCAUCCUAUCUCUUCACCUUAAAGUCAGCGCAGUAAUGGACGAAACGGAUAUCAUGGACUUAACGCAUCAGAAAGCGAGAAAGCGACCGCGUCCAAUCAGUUCCGUGGAUGAGUCCGUACACGCUUCUCUCAAACGGCUGCCGAUCCGAGCGGAGUGCAGGGAACCCACGCUCAUGUUCGCAGUCAGAGGAGAGCCUGUCCCCGCAGCAUCUCUCAAGCAAAAUGACCAUUCGCUGACUUCCUCUCCAACCACAGUGAUGCCGGCGCAGGAUAAUCGCUCCAGCAUGUCCAGACCCAUGAUCACACGGUCACCAGUGUCUCCCUUGAGUAACCAGGGCAUCCCAACACCUGCACAGCUCACCAAGUCCAACGCCCCUGUGCACAUUGACGUGGGUGGACACAUGUACACCAGCAGCCUGGCCACCCUCACAAAAUUCCCAGAAUCCCGAAUUGGUCGUCUCUUUGAUGGCACAGAGCCUAUAGUCCUGGACAGCCUGAAGCAGCACUACUUCAUUGACAGGGAUGGACACAUGUUCCGCUACAUCCUCAACUUCCUCAGGACGUCCAAGCUUCUCAUCCCAGACGACUUCAAAGACUACAGUUUGCUGUAUGAGGAGGCUCGGUACUUCCAGCUACAGCCCAUGCUUGCCGAGUUGGAGCGCUGGCGUCAGGACCAGGAGCUGGGACGGGUGUCGCGUCCUUGUGAGUGCUUGGUGGUACGUGUUGCCCCCGACCUGGGCGAGAGGAUCACACUGAGCGGUGACAAGGCCCUGAUUGAAGACGUGUUUCCCGAGAUCGGUGACGUCAUGUGCAACUCUGUCAAUGCCGGAUGGAAUCACGACUCCACGCAUGUUAUCCGCUUCCCGCUCAACGGGUACUGUCACCUCAACUCUGUCCAGGUUCUAGAGCGUCUGCAACAACGUGGCUUCGAGAUCGCCGGCUCCUGCGGGGGAGGCGUGGACUCAUCCCAAUUCAGCGAGUACGUCCUGCGGAGGGAACUGAGGAGGACGAGUCAGCGAGGGCCCAAUUCAAACAGGAUAAAGCAGGAGCAGCUGGACUAGAAGCCUCCUGAGCAGUAGGAGGCGCUAGACUUUUCUGUGGCAGCCAAAAUGCUCUACGCUACAGAGCUCUGUGGACUCUUUCUUUAUGAUUUCCUUGUUGAUGUUUUUGUUUUCUUAAACUUGAGAACCAUCUAGAGAAUAGGUGAGGUGCAAACAGGAGAUUUUUGCCAUAAGAAGAUACAAGACAUUUGAUAAGUUUGAGAUUGCAAGGACAUUGUAUAGCCCCCAUAAACCAAUUAAAAAAGGAUUUAUAUACGCUGGAUCCCCAAAUAAAGUUUGUUUUAAAACUUGGAGCCUACAUUAGGUUGAAUAUGAUUUCUAUUUUACCCAUAUAAUAAAUUUUAAAGGCUUUUAUUGCUGAUGUAGUAUGUUGCAUAGCUUGUCACCAGUGACUUAAAUUAGUUGUCUCACUGGCAAAUUGGCUGUUUUUAUCUCCCGCUGUAAAAAGGUCACUAAUGUGUUGCUUACAGUACAGAAUGUCUCAGUUGUCAUAAACACUUAGUUUCAAAAAGCAUCUGUUUUUCACAAUAACCAUGAUGUUCAAUAUUGUGAUACCAAUGAAGUGUUUUUCUUUCUUUCUUUCUUUCCUUUUUUUUUUUUUUUUUUACCUUUAAUGGAAGUUAUUUUAUUGGAAUAUACCAUAAAAUAUAGUUGACUUUAGUACCAUCGAUUUUUAACAUCGAAGUCCGCUCCUUAAAAAGUAAAGAAAUUAAUUUAGUGAAAUAUUAUGUCACACCAUUUGCCUCACUGGGGAGUACAAACAACUAACCCCCCCCCAUCCCCCCAUGUGUCACCGUGGGAAUUUAUUUAAUUGGAUAAAAUUCCUCUGAGUCAUGACCUGUAAAUUUUUUCAUUGUAUAUGUGUUUGUGUUUUUUACAUUGAAUCUUUUUAAAGGAAAUGUGUUGCCUCAGACUUGACUGAAAAGAUUAAAGCUUAUUGUACUACCCAGUUCAAGAUCACUUUUACUUGUAGCACAUAUUGAUAUGAAGUUGCAUAUAAACUAUUUCUAAGAUGACUGACCCACCUACGCUCCCUAGAUUUGAGUAAAGAGGAAUGUAGCAAAAAUGUGAAAUAAAUCUCAGCUAAAGUUGU